AUGGCGCCGGCCGUCGACGCAAGCGAAGCAACACUCCCUGUAGAUACCGAAGCAGAAGUCGCAGCAAGAGCAGCUCAUCAGCCAACGUCCGAUUCUCGCCCUCGCCUUCUGUCAUUGUCGACAACACUGCAACGCACAACAUCAUCAACACUCCAAAAGACGCCAGGCACCGUGGAAGGACUCGGCGGCGCCGUUCUCGCGAUUCGUCCUCUGCACGCAGGCGCCGACCGAUCAUAUACGCAGACGACGAUGAUCGGCCAGGACGCAUCCGCCGUCACCAUCAGACUCGAACCCGAACUCGUCAUUACGCGCCAGCCCAGCGCCGACUCUACGACUCUUCGUCCUCAUCAGAGGACUUUCGUGGCCGACGACGGAAACGAACAGGUAGGCGUGGAGGGCGUCGAUCGAGCAGCAGUGAGCGCAGAUGGGGGAGGAGGCGGCGGAGUCGGAGCAGAGGGCAUCGUGGAGACCGACGGCACUACAGAUCGAGAUCGAGAGAGCGAAGAAGAAAGUCGUCCGAGCGCGGGUGGUUGGGGAGAUUGCUGA